AUAUUGAGGAAGUAGCAGUGUGUCAAACAGAAUAACGGAGACUUUGACAUCUAGCCAUGCAGCCUCCACCCAGAAAGGUGAAGGAGAGCCAGCAGGUGAAACUUGUGUUCUCGGAGCAGUUGAGCCGAUUGCAAACGAAACAACAUCAGGACACUGAGCUGCUGGAGGAGAUCAGGUCCUUCAGUAAGCAGCGAGCAGCCAUAGAGAAAGAGUACGGUCAGGCCCUUCAGAGGUUAGCAGUCCAGUACCAGAAAAGAGACUGGCAGAGAGGAAAUGUAGACGCUAUCCCUUCUGGGAGUGUGUUUGGUGUGUGGCGAUCAGUGGUUGAUGCUGCGGCUCAUUCUGCUGCAUCUCGACUUGCUGCUGCAGAGGAAUACAGACGACUGAUCGCACGAGCUUCAAGAAGUCUACGCAAUGCAAAGGACGUACGAACUAAGAGGGGCCUAGAAAGUCUUCAGAGGGUACAGGGUGAGGUUGUGGAUGCUCUACGGGAUCUGCACAGGAUCAAAAAGAGCUAUUAUCAACUCACUCAAAUCACCAGCGUGGCCAGGGAGAAAGCUGCUGAUGCAAAGAACAGAGCCAGAAAGAGUGAACAUGGGAUCUUUCAUUUUAAAGCAGGACUCCAAAAGAUGACAGUGAAGCUGAGCACCAGGUUGAGAGAGUGCGAUGACCGUCUGACGGAGGUUCGUAACGACUAUCUGCUGUCAUUAGCAGCAGUCAACGCCCACCACCAAAACUACUAUAAGAACGACCUACCACGUAUCAUGGAGCUCAUGGACGGGGAUGUUUAUGACGACCUGAGGAGCCAUUUGUCUCUGCUGUGUGGGACAGAGAUGGACUCCUGUCUGAACACACACAAACAGUACAGCCGGAUAUGGGAGACUGUCACUAAGGUGACCAGAGAGAGGAACGUGCUGCAGUUUCUGCAGGAAUCUGUCUCCUUCAGCCAAACACCAGAGUUCACCUUCCAGCCAGCUCCGUGUGACAAGGUUUCUGCUCUGCAGGAGGUUUCUGCUCCACAAACGGAGGGCUUUCUGAUUAAAGAGGCCAAGAAAUGGGCUGCCAAGGCUGCAAAAGACUACAAGAUCAUAACACACGGAGAGCGGGCUCUGCAGACGUUAGAGAGUCGUCUGAAGCUCCUGUCGGGGGAGACGGGGCUCAGCGUGGAGCAGAGGAUAGCAGAGGUGCAGGACAGCGUCAGGAAAGCAAAGCUCAGCAGGGUGAAGGCUGAGGCCCGUCUCGCCCUGUUAUCAGAAAGCGUCCAAGGAAUCGAGCUGUGGCUUCACAACGCCAUGAACCAGGCGGACGAGGAGCUGGAGAGAGAGAGGCGCCUGAGUGAGCAGAGGAAGUCUACAGAGGACUUUUCAGAGGAAGAGUUUGAGCUGACAGACUUUGAGGACUACGACGAUGAGAACGGAGACAUCUUUAUAGAUCCGGUGUCUGCAUCCAGAUUGUGUGUUUACCCUGCAGCCUGCAAAGUUAUCUACAGCUAUCAGGCUAGCCAAUCAGAUGAGCUGUCAAUCAAAGAAGGGGAGGAGCUUCAAGUGGUUGAGGAUGGAGAUGUGGAGGACUGGCUGAAGGUGUGUAACUCAUGCGGUCAGGUGGGGUAUGUCCCUGAACGUUACGUGAAGUUCCUGUGUCUGCCAGCAGAGGACGCCGCUCAGCUGGACAGUUCUUUUAGCUCCACGUCCUCCAGUGGGAACAGAGAGAGGAGCAGAGGUGUCGCCAGAGCUCUGUACUCCUACCAGGCUCAGAGUGCAGAGGAGCUUUCCUUCCAGGAGGGGGAGCUCAUCCACCUGAGAUGCUGUCGACACAGAGAGGUGGAUGACGGGUUUUGGGAGGGAGAGCUGAACGGUCGGAUCGGUGUUUUCCCUUCAUUGGUGGUCGAGCUUGUCCAUAAUGAAGGGGAGGAGGAGGUGGAGGAGGAAGAGGAAGAGGAUGAGCCUCUCCCCACACCAACCAUGCCUCCCUUCUCUCCCCCCAUCCCCAUCCCUUCUGACCCUGGCUGCAGUUCAACAGUGAGGGCUACGCCCCCUAGCUGUGUGGAGGACAAACAGCAGGGCUUUCCUCCGAGGCUUGCAGAGGGCACAGUGGAGAAUGAAGGCAGCAGCCGCAGCUCUCCCGAUCUCCUCAGCGGUCGGCUAAAACCAUGUCGAGCUCCUCCUCCUCCUCCGACGCAGAAGCCCUCACCUCAGCCUUGAGAAGAAGACUUGACUUACAGUCGAGAUUCACAGAAAUACAUCCCAUUUUCGGACCAAAGGAACGCCUGUUUUGUGGCUCAUAUUGUAGCAUUGAUCACAUAAGUUGUAUUUAUUUGUUAGUAUUUUAUAGGCAAACAAUCAGCUGAUUUUUAUACAUCCACAUGUCCAGAGUGGGGGGGAAAUGUCUUUAUGGGUCCACAACCUCAUGAUACCAUACUUAUCAUGAUACACGUUGAUUUUAGAUGAUGACCGUGUCCGACACAGAAUUCACUAUAACAGCUGUUUUUUACUGUUCAAAAUAACAGCAAAGAAAAAGUUUUAAGGAUCCUACAAUUUAGAAAACACUUUAAAUUCAGCCCUUAGAGAUCCUUGAUGUUUAACAAAAAUAUUCUGUUCAUAAUCCCAGAUCAGAUAAUAAAUGCAAAUACUAUAUUCUUUUCUUUUUUUUUUUUUUUAAACUUAGAGUAGCCCUCUCUGAAGUAUCUUUUAUGAUCAAAUCAUGUUCUGGUUUCACUAGACUACGAGUUCACUUGUAUUCAACAAUUUAGGGACCACAGUUUCUGUAAUUAACCAACGAGUGGGGAUUAAAUAACGUGACACUCAGCUGCCUGAAGCCGUCAUUAUUAACUACACUGUACAAGCACAAAUAUUUACUUUACUAAUCUUCAUGAAGCAGAAAAGUGCUUUUGUGAUCUUCAGAGCUUGUUAAGAAGUUGAGGGACAUUAUGACUUAAAGGUGACAUUUAUUGUUGGCUGGUACGGCCCACACUGGCCUUGUGUAAUGACCUGAGCUGUUGUUGCUGCUGUCUUGUCUGUGCUGCUCUGAUGAUUGACCACACGAAGUGUUGAAAAUAAAGGCACAGAGAGUCACAGACAUUGUGCUGAGUAAUAUGAUUUCUGUUAAAUGCAAAGCCCAAACUUCUAACCUUGAACUGCUCACAAUUACAAUGAAAUGUACACGCAUGGUGCAUUAUUUAACUGGCAAGACUUAAAUGUCUUUACAUGUAUUAAAAACGAACUAAAAAAGU